CUGCUGUGUUUCCGGGUCAGGGCUCGGGACCGAACCUGAGGACGACGAAGGCCGUGGCUCGGCGCCGCUUCCCGGUAAAUGUCCGCCUUCCGCACCGUCCGGAUCCUAUUUGAAGAUAUUUUUCAAAAAAGCGGGAGCUCAUCAUUUUAUUGAAAAUGGAUGGGGAAGAGAGGACCUAUGGUGGCUGUGAAGGCCCUGAUGCUAUGUAUGUAAAGUUAAUCUCCUCUGAUGGCCAUGAAUUUAUUGUAAAGCGAGAACAUGCAUUGACCUCUGGUACUAUUAAAGCUAUGUUGAGUGGCCCAGGACAGUUUGCUGAAAAUGAAACAAAUGAAGUAAAUUUUCGUGAGAUACCAUCCCAUGUGCUAUCAAAAGUAUGCAUGUAUUUUACCUACAAGGUCCGCUACACCAACAGUUCUACAGAGAUUCCUGAAUUUCCAAUUGCACCAGAGAUAGCACUGGAACUGCUGAUGGCUGCAAACUUCUUAGAUUGUUAGAAAAUAAAAAUGUAACUUAUAACCCAAAAUAAGAUGUUAAGCUUCUGUAUUUAACUACUUGCACAAUCAAUAAGUGACUUUAAAAUGGUGUUGCAAAUAUGUGUGAUAACUCGCACCAAAAUCUUUUCUUUUCUCCAAGAUGUGUUUCUUUCUUCAAAGGUUAAGUAAAAAAAUAAUGGGAUCCUUGGCUUCUUGUAUAUUACACAAAUCAGACAUUUUCUUCCCUCCCAUUAUGUUCUAUAUUGGUGUGCAGAUGGUCUCCAGCUGUUAACUUUGCUCAAAGUUUCACAGGAAAUUAAUAGUUGUUGUCCUAUGUAUCUAUACUGUACUGUUACUGUGCUGAUACAGUUCCCAGCUGAAUUUCCAUCCGCUACCCCUAUAGAAUUGUACAGUAAUAAAAUGUCUUUAAAGUACUGUAGCCAUAUUGUAUUAGUAUGUAACUGCAUUUGCUCUAAACCACAUCAUGGAGCUUCUGUCAAAACAUGAAAUUUCAUUUUUCUAGUAGUUUAUGAAUAAUUCUUGAGUUUCUUUCGACUCCUUUAUCCCGACUUGAAGUUGCUAUUAUCCAAACGGUUCUUAAAUUCGAGUUCCGCUGUAAAUGUUUCAUAAUAAAAUUGCCUCCAGGUUUGUUUAAAGUUAAAGGAGAUUGCGACUACAGGUAGGUAUAGUUUAUUGAAUACCUUCCUGGUUUUGUUUUUUUUUAAAUAAGCUUAAUUCGCACAACUAAUUCAAAAAGCAAAGUGUAAACCUGAUAGGAGCCAAUGGGAUCCCUUUGAAUAUUUAUCUAUUACUUCAAUUUCUUCAGAAAAUCUGUUUAUUUUCAGAUUCUGAAAUUUAUGCACCAAUGGUCAACUUUCAUGUUUGGAUUGAAAUAUAUCAGGAUGAGAGAAUGGAACUGAUCUGCAUUUUUUCAGUAACUGUGAAAAGAAAUUCAGUUUAACUAUAAGUCGACAUAAUUAAGAAUAAUUCUCCCAUUGUUACUCUAAACUCUGAACAUAAUUUAUUGCAUGGUUGUUAAAUUUCUAAUUCUUUUACAUGCUUUUUAAAAAAAAAAUUGUUUGAGCAAAAUUAGUGCCAAACUAGGAGCUCAUGUACAAGGAGUACACCAAAAGUUUUAUUGGUGCUGUCCAAAAUUCGCUUCAUGUUGAAUGCUUCCAGUGAAGAGAAAGUAGUCAUUCUGUUAUUUUUAGUGUGAUUCAAACCCAAAUGUAGUUUCUAUUAGGUUGAUUGCUAAUUCACCCAAACAUUGUUUAUGUGCAGAAUUUACACUAGAAUCAUAUCACAAGAUUGUAGAACCACUAAGUGGAUCAAGGAUCCUGCAUGCAAUAUGUACUUGUUUGCAGGCUGUUUAUACAGUAGCAGUGGCAAAGAUUUGGUAACAACUGAACUGGCAAUGAAACAGGAUAUGAAAGAAUAAAUGUCAAAAUAUUUUAA